ACAUCAGCACUCUUUGUAUCAGGACCAAAUAGGACUCAAAACCCAGAUGAUACCCCAGCUUCAGCAUGUUUGGGAGAUGUCCAUGGAGUUUGUUUAUUAGGAAAAGAACCCCCAGGCUACAGAAACCACAUUUUCCUUUAUUUUUUACUCCAUCAUUAGGCUCACUGCUCUGUGUUUACACCUAUUGCUCCUUCCAGUGCUCCAGAGACAAACAACCAUUCAUGGGUGAAGACAACAGAACCUCUGUGACAGAAUUCAUCUUCCUGGGCCUCUCACAGGACCCACAGACCCAAGUCCUGCUCUUCUUCCUUUUCCUCCUCAUCUACCUGCUCACUGUACUGGGAAACCUGCUGAUCAUCGUACUCAUCCACUCAGACCCCAGACUCCACACCCCCAUGUACUUUUUCCUUAGAAACCUGUCCUUUGCUGAUCUCUGCUUUUCGACUACCACAGUGCCCCAGGUGCUCGUCCACUUCCUGAUGAAAAGGAAGACAAUUUCCUUUGCUGGAUGCUCCACACAGAUAGUCGUGCUGCUUCUGGUAGGAUGCACAGAGUGUGCACUGCUGGCAGUGAUGUCCUAUGACCGCUAUGUGGCUGUCUGCAAGCCUCUGCACUACUCCACCAUCAUGACACACUGGGUAUGUGUUCAGCUGGCUGCAGGGUCCUGGGCCAGUGGUGCACUGGUGUCCCUGGUGGAUACCACUUUCACAUUGCGUCUUCCUUACCGAGGAAACAAUGUCAUUAACCACUUUUUCUGUGAACCUCCAGCCCUCCUGAAGCUGGCUUCAGCAGAUACUUACAGCACAGAAAUGGCCAUCUUUGCAAUGGGCGUGGUAAUCCUCCUAGCACCUGUCUCCCUCAUCCUCACCUCCUACUGGAACAUUGUCUCCACUGUGAUCCAGAUGCAGUCUGGGGAGGGAAGGCUCAAGGUCUUCUCCACCUGUGGCUCCCACCUCAUUGUUGUUGUUCUCUUCUAUGGCUCAGGAAUAUUUGCCUACAUGAGGCCCAACUCCAAAAUAAUGAAUGAAAAGGAUAAAAUGAUUUCGGUGUUCUACUCAGCUGUGACCCCAAUGAUGAACCCUAUCAUUUAUAGCCUGAGAAACAAGGAUGUGAAAGGGGCUCUCAAGAGAAUAACUACAAAAUAA